AUGAUUUUCGAACCGGCUGAGCGGAUCUUGCUCCCUAACAAGGAUCUUUUGUCCUACAUUUUUGAUGAUCCACCCUAUGACCAAGAUCAGCCAAUUUACAUCGACGUUCGAGACCAGUCACGCUCAAUCUCAUGCAAUCAGGCUCGAAAGUUGAUACGUCUCCUCAUUGCGGGCUUGCGCGCUUCAGGUCUUCGCAGUGGAGACUGUGUUCUUAUCCACUCUUUCAAUGAUAUCAACUAUAGCAUACUUGUGCUAGCGAUUAUCGGCGCCGGUGGAGUAUUCACGGGAUCAAACCCGGCAUACACACCGAAUGAGCUGGCACACCAUAUCAAAGCUUCCGAGAGCAAAUUUAUUAUAUCCGAGCCGGAGAUAUUGAAGUCCCUACUUGGUGCUGCAGAACAGACAGGAAUCCCGAAGCAAAAUGUCUGGGUCUUUGACAACUUGAAACAAACCAUACCAAACGGCAUGAAAUCCUGGAAGGAACUUUUGAACUUUGGCGAGGAUGACUGGGUCCGAUUUGAUGACUUCAACAAGGCUCAGACGACGACUGCCGCAAGGCUAUUUAGCAGUGGAACCACCGGCCUUCCUAAAGCAGUGACAAUCACGCACUACAAUUUAAUUGCGCAGCAUGAGCUUGUUUUUAGUGCCAAUCCACGGCCAUACUCUAUUUCCCGUCUCAUUGCUGUUCCAGUGUUCCAUGCUUCCGCCGCGCCAGUCACUCAUAUAUCUACUUUGAAAGCUGGGUCUGUGGCAUACAUGAUGCGACGAUUUAAUUUGGAGGACUUUUUGACAGCAAUAGAGAAGUAUGGUAUUACCGAUCUGACUUUGGUGCCACCAAUUGUGAUUGCAAUUGUGAUGUCACCUAUCUCUCAAAAACGUCCUUUCUUAAAGAAGGUCAGGCUCGCCGGCUGUGGUGCUGCGCCUUUGGAUAAAGACGUUCAAGCGCGUUUCCGAUUACUUAUGGGUGAAGAAGGCCCGUUCACCCAGGUAUGGGGUAUGACGGAGACCUCGUGUAUUGCCACGAUGUUCCCAUUCCCCGAGCAUGAUGAUACUGGAUCCGUGGGACGGCUUAUCCCAAAUCUGGAAGCCAAACUGAUCGAUGAUGACGGAAUGAACAUCUCGGCUUACAAUGUUCGCGGAGAGCUAUGUGUUCGCGGACCCACCGUCACGCCAGGGUAUUACAAAAACCCCGAAGCCAACGCACUGGCGUUUGAUUCAGACGGAUGGUUCAAGACAGGCGACAUAGCGUAUUGCGACCAAUCCACGAGGAAGUGGUAUAUAGUUGAUCGAAAGAAGGAGCUGAUCAAAGUGCGUGGGUUCCAGGUUGCACCGCCUGAACUUGAGGCUGUUCUGCUGUCUCAUCCGCAGAUUGUCGAUGCAGCCGUGAUUGGUAUCAGUAUCCCGGGUGCAAACACCGAGUUCCCUCGUGCGUACGUCGUGCGUCGCCAGGGGGGUGGAGGAACUGUACCAACUGAGGCAGAGGUUCAGCAAUAUUUAUUGGAGCGUCUUGCUCGCUACAAAGCAUUGACUGGUGGUGUCAAAUUUGUUGGCGCAAUCGCAAAAAACCCGAGUGGUAAAAUCCUGAAGCGGGUUCUCAGAGAAGACGCUAGAAAAGAGAUUGAGGCUGGCCUGAUUAAGCCUCGCCUUUGA